UGUUUUUUAGUUUUCCCCUCUCUGGUGUUACAAAAAAAAAAAAGUUUUCCCCUCUCUGUGAAACCGUAUAUUAAAACCCUUCACAACCUCCCAUUACUUCUUCCACCACCAUCUUUCACGUUUUUAAACGCUCCCUUCUGAAUCGCCCAUUUAAUAGCUUUGAACCAGUUUCGAUGGCCGUUGAAGCACACCAUCUUAAUCCUUUAUUUUCUUCCAACAGAGAAAUGAUGUAUCCCGUUGAAGCAAACGGUUUAGUCUACACAAACCAGAUCAGAUACAACACUCUUCCAGCGACUGCGAUGCCAUUUAACCCUACCAUGGAAUGUCAAACUUCUACGUUUAAUCCCAUUUACGACACAUCACCGGUUGAUUUUUUGGUUCAUCAGUCCAUGAAACCAACAAUCCAUUCCGUUGAUAGUUCUGUCACACACAACAGCGACAAUAAUAAUGGCAACAACGUUAACUAUCUUCCUCCUGUGUCGUCUUUGAGAAAACGCCCCAGAGAAGAAUCGGUUGUUGAAAACCCUAUGCCAAGCCAGAAACGUUGCACCGAUCCUCUCAUGUUCCUAGGACAAGACUUGUCUUCUAACGUCCAACGCCACAACUUAGAUAUCGACCGCUUGAUCUCUAAUCAUGUCGAGAUAAUAAGAAUGGGGAUUGAAGAGAAGAGAAAACAUCAAGUUAGGAAGAUAAUGGAAGCUAUUGAGCAAGGGUUGAUGAAGACACUUAGAGCCAAAGACGAUGAGAUCAAUCACAUAGGCAAACUCAACCUCUUUCUUGAAGAGAAGGUUAAGUCUCUCACUGUAGAGAAUCAGUUAUGGCGUGACAUGGCACAGUCUAAUGAAGCCACCGUAAACUCCCUACGGUCCAAUCUCCAACAAGUCCUCGCCGCAGUGGAACGUAACCGCUGGGAGGAGCCUACAACUGCUGAUGACGCGCAGUCUUGUUGCGGAAGCAACGACGAGGGUGAUAGUACGAUGAUGCGCACGGUUUCAAGUACGAUGUGUAGAGGCUGUGGGAAAGGAGAAGCUAGUGUGUUACUGUUACCAUGCAGACACAUGUGUCUAUGCAGUGUGUGUGGUUCUUCGAUUAACACUUGUCCAAUCUGUAAAUCUCCGAAGAACGCUAGUCUUCAUGUUAAUCUUUCCUAACAAUACUCAGCAAAUUGUAAAUGUCCUAAAA